UCUACCAGCUGUUGAAAGAAAUCCCUAGAGACUCAAGGGACUGAAUCAUCAAAGUUAAGUCUCUCUGAGAUUUAUUGCUAAGAAUGGCUUUAGAUCUAAGAACCAUAUUUCAGCAUGAACCAUCCGAGAAUAAUCUUGGAUCAGAAAAUUCAGAGUUUCGACGAAGUCAAGGACCUGCUGUUCAGACAGAAGAAGGGAUUUCUGAGUUCUCAAGAAUGAUGCUCAAUUCAUUUCAAGACAGCAAUAAUUCAUAUGCAAGGCAGGAAUUGCAAAGACUUUAUAGGAUCUUUCACUCAUGGCUGCAACCAGAAAAGCACAGCAAGGAUGAAAUUAUUUCUCUAUUAGUCCUGGAGCAGUUUAUGAUUGGUGGCCACUGCAAUGACAAAGCCAGUGUGAAAGAGAAAUGGAAAUCAAGUGGCAAAAACCUGGAGAGAUUCAUGGAAGACCUGACUGAUGACAUCAUAAAUCCACCUGCCUUAGUCCAUGUCCAAAUGCAGGGACAGGAAGCUCUCUUUUCUGACAAUAUGCCCUUAAAAGAUGUCAUUGUUCAUCUCACAAAACAAGAGUCUGCCAAAACCCCAAGAGAAGCAAACGUGGGGACACCCUUCCAGACUUCCCAAGACACUUCCUCAGAAACAGGACAAGGACAUGAAGAUGAACAAGAUGGCUGCAACAGUUCUUUGAAAACUACUCAAGUAAAUGAAAGUAAUACUAAUCAAGACAAUCAAAUAGUUUCUCUAAUCAUCAUCCAGGAAAAGAAUGGCCCUAGGCCUAAAGAGGGAGGUGUUUCUUCUGACAACCCAUACAAUUCAAGAAGAACAGAGCUAGUCACUGCUAGAUCCCAGGGAAGGUCCACGAACGGAAUUAUUUUUCAAGGUGUCCCUAUGGAGAUGGGAGCAGGGUUUAUCUCUCAGCCAGAGCAGUCAUCCCCUGAGUCUGCCCCUACCCACCAGAGCAAUAAGGGGAACUCCACAUGCGAGGUACAUCAGAAAGGAUCCCAUGGAGUCCGAAAAUCAUACAAAUGUGAAGAAUGCCCCAAGGUCUUUAAGUAUCUCUGUCACUUAUUAGCUCACCAGAGAAGACACAGGAAUGAGAGGCCAUUUGUUUGUCCUGAGUGUCAAAAAGGCUUCUUCCAGAUAUCAGACCUACGUGUGCAUCAGAUAAUUCACACAGGAGAGAAGCCUUUUACAUGCAGCAUGUGUGAAAAGUCCUUCAGCCACAAAACCAACCUGCGGUCUCAUGAGAGAAUCCACACAGGAGAAAAGCCUUAUACAUGUCCCUAUUGUAAGAGACGCUACCGCCAGUCAUCCACAUACCACCGCCAUAUGAGGACUCAUGAGAAAAUUACUCCGCCAACUGUUCCCUCCACACCAGAAGCUUCCUAAGCUGCUGGUCUGAUAAUGUAUAUAAAUAUGUAUGCAAGUAUGUAUAUUUUCAUAGUAUUUAUCUACUUAGGAUAUAAUUUCCUGAUUAUGCUUUCAGUUUAUUGUCUUGCUUCAUUAAAAUGUAAGGCUAAGGAGAGCAUGGAAUUUGUUAGUUUUGUUCACUAAAGUAUUCCAAGCAGUUGGGAAAGUGGAAUGUUUCUAAGAACCAAUAAAUUUCUGUUGAAUAAAUGAAUUAAUCCA